AUGAAUAGAUUCUCGAGAACUAAUGUGUAUAGCGUCGAGAGAGAAGACGUAAUAAAAGGACCGAAGAAGGGGGAAGACGUUCUAAAGUGGCUAGAUGAGUGGGAAUCCCUAUAUGAAGAAGUCGUUAGCUUAAACUAUAAGAAUGUAUUAUUCUACCUACUAUUAUUUAUGAAAGUGGUUAAAGAGGUUCUGCCGUUAUGGUGGGAGAACUGGUUCUAA